CGCCUGGGCUCGAGACCAGAACUGUUUGGAUUUAACAGUCCGUGGACGGACGGACGGAGUCUGCGAGUCCGGUGACCGGGCUGUGGUCUAGCAUAAAGGCGGGGCCCAGAAGAAGGGGCGGGGCGUGGGAGAAGGUGAGGAACGAGAUCUGGAUAUGAAUGCAGGCGAAGGAAAGGACUGAGAGCCGUGUCCUCCCUGCCCGCCCCGCGAUGUGGCAACCUCUGGUCCUGCUGCUGCUGCUCCCCUCUGCCUUGGUGCCCCCCUGCACUGCAGCCCCGAUCCGCGAUGCUGACGCCCAGGAGAGCUCCUCGGGUUUUCUAGGCCUCCAGAGCCUAAUCCAAGGCUUCACCCGGCUUUUCCUCAAAGAUGACUUGCUGCGGGGCAUGGACAGCUUCUUCUCUCCCCCCAUGGACUUCCGGGGCCUCCCCAGGAACUACCACCAAGAAGAGAAUCAGGAGCACCGCCUGGGGAACAACACUCUCUCUAGCCACCUCCAGAUCGACAAGGUGACAGACAACAAAACCGGAGAGGUGCUGAUCUCUGAGCAGGUGGUGGCGUCCAUUGAGCCAGGAGAAGGGAGCUUGGAGAGUGACUGGAAGGUGCCCAAGAUAGAGGAGAAGGAGGCCCUGGUGCCUGCCCCGAAAGCCAUCGACACCUUCCGCCCUGAACCCCAUCCCCGAGUCGCCUUCUGGAUCAUGAAGCUGCCACUGCGGAGGUCCCACCAGGAUGUUCAGGAGGGUGGCCGCUGGCUCAGCGAGAAGCGACACCGCCUGCAGGCCAUCCGGGAUGGGCUCCGCGAGGGGACCCAUGAGGACAGCCUUCAAGAGGGGACCCGGGGCUCCUCCCGCUCGAAGCUUCCCAUCCGCAGGACCCACUUUCUGUACAUCCUCAGGCCCUCCCAGCAGCUAUAGGGGUGGGGAGGGGGCUGGAGAACCCCAGCAUGUACCCCCACGAGACCCCACCCCAAGCACCAUAUGGAAAUAAAGUUCUUACAUCUGGCA